AUGGUCUCGCUCACCGGCGCCCGCACGCGCGCCGGCCGCCCUGGCCGCGCCCGCACGUGCGCCGGCCGCUCUGGCCGCGCCCGCGCCCCCUGCCUCGCCCCGCUCCCGCAGGCUGCUACUGCACUACUCCGCCCGUGCGUGCACGCCCACGUCGUCGUGCCCUUGCCUGCCUCCGCGCCGUGCCCCGCGCCGCCCGGGGCUCGCCUCCACCGCUGCUUGCCGCCGGCCUCGCCCCGACUGGCCUCGGCUCCCCGUCGUCCGCUAGCGCGCCGUUGCCCCAGAACGAUUCCGCCACCGCCUGCCUGCCCCGCAUCGGUGGCGCUGCUGCGGUCUCGCUGGCCCGCGCGCCCGGCCCGCAGCGCCUCCCUGCUCGCGCGUGACGCCGCUGGGUGCCGGUGCUCGUCCCACGCAGCCUCCUCUAGCCCCGCCGCGCCGCUGCUCCGGCCACGGCCACGGGCCACGCGUCGGCCCCCCUUCACCCACCGGCCGCAGCGCCCUAUCGGGCGGGCUGGCGCCCAUCGUCCGGCGCCCGUAACCGCCACCCGCGCCCGUUAA